AUGAUUUCGAGAUUUUUAUUUGUCCUGCUGGUGCCAACCUGCUGGAGCUUUGUUCUGGAAGGCACAUCAUCCAGUUAUGCACAAUUUCGAAAAUGGAAUACAGCGUUGAAUGGGAGUCUUGAGUUUGAGUUCAAAACUGAACAGGGAAAUGGUUUGUUGUUGUAUACGGAUGAUGGGGGGAAUAAUGAUUUUUUUGAGAUUAAGUUGGUGGAAAGUGCGCUUAGACUAAGGUACAAUCUCGGUGGUGGGGCGCAAAUUGUCACUGUUGGCCAUGAUCUUGGGGAUAAUCAUUGGCACAAAGUGCAGAUUACCAGGAAUAAUGAGAAUACGACACUCAUGGUGGAUGGACUUAGUUCCACGUCAAUGUCGAGGGGAAAGGAAUUUGAAUUUGGAAGAUUUGGGAGCAAUUCGGACGUUUAUAUCGGCGGGAUGCCAAGUUGGUAUAAUAGUAAGUUGACGCUUUUGGCGUUGCCCAGUGUUAUAUUUGAACCGCGAUUCAAUGGACUCAUCAGGAAUCUUGUUUACGCUGAUGGGGAGGAUCUUGUGCCGAAGAGGCAGGAAAUCAAGAACCGGGAUACGAAGUGCGGUGGAUUUCCAUGUGUCGAAGCCGUUGGUCAACGCAAAUCCAUUAGGAGCAUACGUAACAUGAUCGCAUCAAAUACCACGGAUGCAUGUGAAACACGAGAUCCAUGCCAACACGGUGGCAUUUGCAUCUCCACGGACACUGGCCCAAUCUGCGAAUGUCGCACCGGUGACUACGAGGGUGAAUUCUGCGAGAAAGAGGCAUGGAGCACAGUGCUACCUACGGCAGGUGCUGGGGAUAACCAAUCGUGGGAAUACAAUAAGGUACCCUCGGAGGCGUCAUUCAAAGGCACUGAGUAUCUUAAGGUUGACCUUAGUAAAGGUGACCCCAUUCUCAGUAUGGAGGAGUCCGUGAGUCUUCAAUUCAAAACAAGGCAACACAAUGGACUUCUAUUCUAUUCUGGUGAAGGGGCCGAUUAUUUGACAGUAUCACUGAGAGACGGAGGCGCUGCAGUCAGCAUGACCUUGGCCAAUGGCCGACUGGAUCUUCAUAUCAAACCGACUAGGAUACGAUUCGAUGAUAAUCAGUGGCAUAAAAUUAUCGUCCAGAGACGGGUGCAAGAGAUAUCGUCCAUCACGAGAUUCUGCAAGCUAUCAGCGAUUGUGGACAGUAUUUACGCCGAACACGCUCACACAGCUGGUUCGUUCACACGACUGCCGAGUAAACAACUAUUAGUGGGUGGUGGUGCUGAUCCGAAAGCGUUGCAAGGUGCCAAAGGAAUCACCAAUUUCGUCGGCUGUCUGCGCAAGGUCGUGUUCAAAGCUGAAGGCGUAGAGAUGGAGUUGAUUGAAGCUGCGAAAAACGGCGCCACAGGAGCGACUGCCUGGGGCAGAAUUGAUUUUCACUGUCGUGAGCCAAAGUCAGAUCCCGUCACCUUCACAACCCGUGACUCGCAUCUCGUACUACCUCCAUGGAAAGCUGCGGAAUCCGGAAGUAUAUCUUUCAAAAUACGUACAAAUGAACCUAAUGGUUUAGUGAUGUACAGCCGCAGUGGAGCGCCGGCACGACCGGAUUUGUUCGCCUUUGAGAUCCUCGACGGCCAUCUCUAUCUCCAUAUCGACCUGGGCAGUGGUCAUCUCAAAGUCCGAGCAUCCAAACGUCGUGUGGACAAUGGAACUUGGCAUGACGUCGCAUUACGCAGAGUCGAUCGUAACGGCCGAGUAACUGUGGACGGCGAGACCAUUGACUUCAAUACACCCGGUGAUUCAACGCAACUCGACCUCGACGGUUUGCUCUACAUCGGUGGUGUUGGUGUGCCCUUUGCACCUCUGACAGUACCGCCCACCCUUUGGAGUGGUGCCCUGAGGCAAGGUUACGUCGGUUGCAUGCGAGAUCUUGUUAUCAAUGGACAACCCGUUGACAUCGCCGGCUAUGCCCAACAACAAGACUCUGGCGCAGUAAGACCAGCGUGUCACGCGCAAUCCGCCCACUGUUCGUCUCAGCCGUGCAUGCACGGUGGCCAUUGUCUCGAGGGUUGGAACAGAUUUUAUUGCGAUUGUACAGCAACUGCAUUCACCGGGCCCACGUGUGGCAAAGACGCAUCGAUUCUUCACCUCAACGGAAGCCAACAGCUGACAGCACUGAUGCCAGAAGACUCGAGAACCCAGGCCGAAGAGAUCUCCAUGAGAUUCAAGACAACAAAGCCCAAGGGUUUACUAUUAGCAACAAGUCUCGAGAACAGUUCCGAUCGAUUGCAAAUAUCACUGGAACAGGGUAUAGCGAGGGUGCGAGUACACAUCGGUGGUCGAGAAAAGGUUUUGUACUCUGGACAAGGUCUCAAUGAUGAUAUGUGGCACAGUUUGCGGUUUUCCCGGAGAGCGACUAGCUUGAAAUUCCAGGUGGAUGAUGAAUCAGUUGUUCGAG